CUGAUAUCUUUUUCACUUAAUACUAUAGGAAUGGUGAACUACCUCUAUGGUUUUCUCUAUUUUUAUUUGACCUUCGUCUUGAUACGUAUGAGGAAUAGAAAGAAGACUAGUCUUUUGGUAAUGACUUAUCGAUUUCUGUAGAUAAGGCAUUUUUACUGGACAUUACUUCUAUACAACGCAAAUGACAUGUCCUUCACACCCAUAACAUAUACACAAAUAGACAGGAAUGUCUCAGGAGAAUCACCCUGACUGGAGAGACAUGAUAUUGGCUUAACCAGACCUGUUUUUGAUCGAACGAAAUAUUUUCGCUCAACCCUAUUAUACUACUUAAAUUUGUAUUAAUUUAGUCUGUUUAAUUAUGUUCUCAGAAUAUAUGGCUUACACGGAGCCACGAAGCGUCGGAAAUCUAAUUUUCUACUCACUGGGAUAUGACAAAUAUAUCAUUAUUUCUAACAUCAACAAUCUACUCAAUGUUCAAUUUAUUGGAAAUCAUCAAGUAACACACCUUGUCAAUGAUAUCUACAUUACUUCUGCACACACAGAUUUUACGCAACCUUUGGAAGCAGUGGACAAGGUGAAAUUAAAACGUAACGUAUUCGAUGAUGAUAAAGCAAAUGUCAACAUGGGAAAUGCAAGUUUCAGGUCUGUUUGUUGGUUCUCUUAAGCAAAAGCAAUGAUUUCCAACUGAGAAUGACAUAACUUCCUAUGAAUUCCUAAUACUAACAAACUCUGGAAACUUUGAAUAAAUUGAGCAUUGGGUA